GAUACAAAAAAGUUUUGAUUACAUUUUUAAUUUGUAUACAUCGAACGCGUCGCUAGAACGCGUUUUAAAUUUAUUGCAUUUGCAUUUUAAACGCAGCGCGUUAAAAAAGCCGGCAACAUAACGGCGCAACUAUUGAACAGCUUUCUCAAGGGGAGUCCCCACCAGACCACCAUAGAUAUAAUGCAGAAGCUCUAUGCCGAGCCGCCGCCCAGCAGCGCCCCAGUUAGCAUGUCCAGCGCUGGCGGCACUGCACCCAGCGGCGGCGGCGGCGGUGGUGGUGGUGGCGGUGGUGGUGCGGUCCCCACCAGCAACAACAACCCGCAUCCCACCUCGAAUGGCGGCAGCAUGAGUCCGCUGGCGCGCUCGGCUUACACCAUGAAUAGCAUGGGCCUCACAGUGGGCGGCAUGUCGUCCGUGUCGCCACAAGCGGCAGCCACCUUUGGCGCCAGUGUGCUCGACUCGGCCGCAGCCGUGGCCAGCAUGAGCGGCAGCAUGGGCGCCGCAGCGGCAAUGAACUCGAUGGGCGGCAACUGCAUGACUCCGAGCUCGAUGAGCUAUGCGAGCAUGGGCUCGCCCCUGGGCAACAUGGGCGGCUGCAUGGCCAUGUCGGCGGCGAGCAUGUCGGCGGCCGGCUUGAGCGGCGGCUAUGGCACGAUGCCACCGGGCACUCGCGACAUGGAGCCCGGCUCACCCAAUUCAAUUAGGCGUGGCGUUGACAAGCCGACCACAUACAGGCGCAGCUAUACGCACGCGAAGCCGCCGUACAGCUACAUCUCGCUCAUCACGAUGGCCAUACAGAACAAUCCGACGCGCAUGCUGACCCUUUCGGAGAUCUAUCAGUUCAUCAUGGACCUGUUUCCAUUCUAUAGGCAGAACCAGCAGCGCUGGCAGAACUCGAUACGCCACUCGCUGAGCUUCAACGAUUGCUUUGUGAAGAUUCCGCGCACGCCGGAUAAGCCGGGCAAAGGCUCGUUCUGGACACUGCAUCCGGACUCGGGCAAUAUGUUCGAGAAUGGCUGCUAUCUGCGUCGCCAGAAGCGCUUCAAGGAUGAGAAGAAGGAGGCCAUCCGUCAGCUGCACAAGAGUCCGUCGCAUAGUAGCCUGGAGGCAACCAGUCCGGGCAAGAAGGAUCACGAGGACUCCCAUCACAUGCACCAUCAUCAUCACACGAGUCGUCUGGAGCACCAUCAGCACCACAAAGAGGCGGGCGGCGGCGGCGGCGUGGCGUUGGCGGGCGUCAACGUGCUCAGCGCAGCGCACAGCAAGGAUGCCGAGGCGCUGGCCAUGCUGCAUGCCAACGCCGAGCUCUGCCUCGGCCAGCAGCCGCAGCACGUGCCCACGCAUCACCAUCACCAGCACCACCAGCUGCAGCAGGAGGAGCUGUCCGCGAUGAUGGCCAAUCGGUGCCAUCCGUCGCUGAUCAGCGACUACCACUCGUCGAUGCAUCCACUGAAACAGGAGCCUUCCGGCUACACGCCCUCCAGUCAUCCGUUCUCGAUCAAUCGCCUGCUGCCCACGGAGUCGAAGGCGGAUAUCAAGAUGUACGACAUGAGCCAGUAUGCCGGCUACAAUGCGCUCAGUCCGCUCACCAACUCACACGCUGCCUUAGGUCAGGACUCGUACUACCAGAGUCUCGGCUAUCAUGCGCCCGCCGGCACCACGAGCUUGUGACAUCACCAGUAUCCGCUGGCUUAAGGGCGCGCGGAGCAGAUGCUGCGCUUUGGCGGCGGCGGCGGCUCGCAUCAGCAGCAGCAGCACCAGCAGCAACACUUGCAGCAACAGCAACAGCAGCACCACUUGCAGCAGCAGCAGCAGCAGCAACAACAGCAGCAGCAGCAGCAGCAACAGGCGGCGCAGCAACUGACAUCCGCUACAAACACCACAACCAAGGCCAGCAGCAAGCCAGCGGUGGCCGUCAAUUACUCCCAAAAGCUGGCCGCCUCAGUGCAGCAGCAACAGCAGCAGCAGCAACAGCAGCAACAGCAGCAACAGCAGCAGCAACAGCAGCAACAGCAGCAGCAGCAGCAGCAGCUGCUGCAUAGCCAACUGUCGGCGGAGCUGCAGGAGGACUCUUCCAACAUUACCAGCGACCUCAGCGAGGAGCAACUGCAGCAGCAUCAGGCGGCACAGCAGCAGCUCUACAACAACUAUCAGCAAUAUGCCGCUGCGGCCAGUUACCGCAACUGGAAUCACAGUUUGACAUUCAACAGUGCCGCCGCGUUGCAGAAUCUGCUGUAGCCCAGCGGCACAAGGCCCGGCUUUGUGUAUGAUGCCAGGCCCGAAUCACGGACAUGGUAGUGUUCGGGCUGUCGGCCUGCCGGGCUGUCGGGCUGCCAAUUAGCGGGCGACUGUUCAAUGGCUUUUAGCACCUGGGCGCAUCCUUUGAGCUCGCGGGCACGUGAGUACGGCUCCUACACUUGUAAAUAAAUCAACCUACUCUUCUGCAAGCACUUGCUUAGUCUUUGCCUUUAUGUUUUUCGUUCUGUUGAGGAAUUCAAGAAAAAAGUGAUGUAGUUGUAAGCGCAACAACGGCCACAUAUUUAGGUAAUUGUAUUAGCCGUUAAGCACAACAAGUUUGUUAACAUUUAUGUUUGCUAAAAAAACAAGAAAUUCCGUGCCAUUUGUUUAUCCUCUAUAUAAGCAAUUACAAACAUGCAGCAUUUUAAAUGUGUGUGAAAGAAACCGAUAUAUAUAUAUACACAAAGAGACAAAGAAGGAGAGAGCAAAAGCAUAGCGGGAUUGUGUGUAAUGUUCAUUUAUAAAUCAAAUCCUUUAUCCAAAGGCAAUCGAAUUCGAAUCGCAAAUGAUCAAAAAACCAAAAACACAUAGAAAAUAUCCAACAACAAUUUCAAGACAAGACCCCCCAAGAAUCCUCAAAUUUAUCGAACUAAGCAACAAAAUUUGGCCAUGCAUUGGAAACGUCACGUUUUUAUCAUAUAAUUUUAAUGUAUAAAUUAAUUCCAUCUUUUUUAUAUGUGUGUACAAUAACAAUUACCCAUACAUUUUUUAUUUGCAUUGUACGUUUUCUGUUAUUGUACGAAUUCGUUUAGGCUUAAGACAAUUUGUAAAUAGUCUAUAAAUAUAUGUGUAUGUAUAUCGUAUUUAAGGCAGCUAAAAUUAAACUCGACGCCCAAAACAAAAAAAAAAAAAAAAAAAAAAAACAAAUAACAAAAAAUUUUAAACUAACUUGAGAAUUAAUCAAAUUGUAUGCUACACAACAUUAACAAAUAUUGUAUAGCAUUUAACAUUUAAUUAGCAUAAAUAAAAAAGCAAGACAAAAUACGAAAAAAAAACAAAACAAAGAACGAAAAAACUGCAAUUAUUAUUCAAUAAUUUUUAAUAUUAAUUUUAUUAUUGUGCGUAAACAAAAUCACAUACAGGCGCAUUUUUACAUUGAGCUAAGCUAAUUGAUUAAACUUAAUAAAUGCAAAUAGUUUAAAUAUGGCAAAAAAAAAAAAAACAAAACAAGAAGAAAAUAAACAAAACAAUAAAUAAAACACAAUGUAAAAUACACGCAUUGAAAUUCAUAAAUGUCAACAUAAAAUGAAAUAAUGAAAUUCCAAAAUCUA